AUGCAAGGGCAGUGCAAGAGUGGCAUGGAUAAUGCUGUAGCUGUUACCAUCCCUCCCAUGCAGGCAAGUGAGAGCAACAGGAUUGCCGGCAAUGUCAGCUCUCAUCUAUGGCGUCCAGGCCUCCCAAACACAAAACCACCAGCUAUUCCUCUUGUCAAGAAGGUGAGUGCAGAGUUCUUUGGCACCUUCAUACUGAUCUUCACCGUGCUGUCCACCAUCACCAUGGAUGAGCAGCACAAAGGUGUGGAGAGCCUCCUCGGCAUCGCAGCAUCUGCAGGCCUAGCAGUCACUGUUCUUGUCCUGUCGCUCGUCCACAUCUCAGGCUGCCAUCUGAACCCUGCAAUCAGCAUCGCCAUGGCCGUCUUCGGCCAUCUUCCUCCUGCUCAUCUUCUUCCUUACAUCGCCGCGCAAAUCCUCGGCUCCGUCGCCGCCUCCUUCGCCGUCAAGGGGCUGUUCCAUCCACUCAAUCCUGGGGUUGUCACUGUGCCAAAUGUUGGGACAGCUGAGGCAUUCUUCAUCGAGUUUGUGAUAACAUUCACCCUUCUGUUGAUCAUCACUGCCCUUGCCACUGACCCUAAUGCAGUGAAAGAACUAAUAGCAGUGGCUGUUGGGGCAACAGUAAUGAUGAACAUUCUUGUGGCAGGGCCAUCAACAGGAGCAUCGAUGAAUCCAGCACGUACAAUUGGAGCAGCUAUUGCCACAGGGAGAUACACUCAGAUUUGGGUCUAUUUGGUGGCAACUCCACUGGGUGGUAUAGUUGGAACUGGAGCUUAUAUUGUAAUGAAGCUGUAG